AUGGCAAUCACCUCCUUUGCCCACCUCUCGACCCAUCCUCUACUCUUCCCAGUGCACCACCACCACCACUCUUCUCUUACCACUGUCUCUCUCUUCCCCACUCGUGUCACCACCACCUAUCUCUCCACCUCCCCACUCAAACUCAAUUCCCAUCGAAACCCAUAUUUCCUCCUCUUAGCCACCGGCAAUGGCAGUGAUUAUGGCACCAGCAGCGGCGGCGGUGGUGGCAGUGACCGAGGUGGUGGUGGAGGUGGAGGUGAUGGUGGAGGUGGUGAAGAUGGAGAUGCUGGAGAGAGAAACAAGGCUGAGGCAAUUCUAGCUUUGGCCGAGGUAGAGAGAUCAUUGGAAAGCAUUCCUAAGGACUUGGCAGCGGCGAUAGAGGCCGGUAGAAUACCAGGGUCGAUAGUGUAUAGGUACUUCGAGCUGGAGAAGUCGCCGGUGUUCCGGUGGUUGCUGCAAUUCGGAGGGUUUAAGGAACGAUUGCUAGCUGAUGAUCUCUUCUUGGCAAAAGUUGCCAUGGAGUGUGGUGUUGGGAUCUUCACUAAGACUGCUGCAGAGUUGGAAAGGCGUAGAGAAAAGUUCACUAAGGAGCUUGACUUUGUCUUUGCUGAUGUGGGGAGCCUAAAGGCUCCACUGCUUCCAGCUGAGAUGAAGCCAUUUACACCUAGCAGAAAACAGGCUGAGUUUGGGCUGGCCAAAUUCAACAAAUUGGUAAUGGCCAUUAUUGCAGACUUCAUGCUUGUCUGGCUUCCUGCCCCUACUGUCUUUCUCCGACCGCCUCUUGCAAUCAGUGCUGGACCUCUUGCUAAGUUCUUCUAUAGCUGCCCUGAUAAUGCAUUUCAGGUUGCUUUGGCUGGUACAUCCUAUUCAUUUUUACAGAGAAUAGGUGCCAUAGUGGUAUGUAGUAUGAUUAGUGAAUUCAAAUAA